AUGGCAAGCACGGUUGCAGUUCUGACCUGGGCUCUUGCCCUUCUCGCAGUGCUUUCAACUUCCCAGGCACGGAAAGGCUUCUGGGACUACUUCAGCCAGAGCAGCAGGGACAAAGGCAAGGUGGAGCAGAUCCAGCAGCAGAAGUUGGCAUGGGAGCCCGCGAGCCUGAAAGACAGCCUUGAGCAAGACCUCAAUAUGGACAAGUUCCUGGAAAAUCUGGGCAUGCUGGGUGAGCAGAUGAGGGAGCUUCCUGAGCUCCCACAGGACGUGGUGGACAUGCGUCAGCAGCUGCAGGACGAGUUGGAGGAGGUGAAGGCACGCCUGGAGCCCUACAUGGCGGAGGUGCACGAGCGCGUGGGCUGGAACCUGCAGGGUCUACGGCAGCAGCUGAUGCCCUACACCACGGAGUUGAUGGAGCAGGUGGCUCUGGGUGUGCAGGAGCUGCAGGAGCAGUUGCGCGUGGUCAGAGAGGGCACCAAGGCCCAGCUGCGGGGGGGAGUGGACGAGGCCCGGGGCCUGCUACAGAGCCUGCAGAAUAGUGUUGUGCAUCACACCGGCCGCGUCAAGGCGCUCUUCCACCCCUAUGCCCAGCGCCUGGUGACCGGCAUCGGGCGCCACGUGCAGGAGCUGCAUCGCAGAGUGGCGCCACACACCUCUGCCAGUCCUGCGCGCCUCAGCCGCUGCGUGCAGGCGCUGUCUAGCAAGCUCACGCUCAAGGCCAAAGCCCUGCACGUGCGCAUCCAGCAGAACUUGGACCAGCUGCGCGACGAACUCAGUGCUUUUGCCCGAGCUGGCUUGGAUGCAGAGGAAGGGGCUGGUCCGGACCCCCAGGUGCUCUCCGAGGAGGUGCGCCAGCGGCUCCAGGCCUUCCGCCAGGACACCUUCCAGCAGAUCGCUGCCUUCACCCGAGCCAUCGACCAGGAGACCCAGGAGAUCCAGCAGCAGCUGGCACCACCCCCGCCGAGCCACAGCAACUUUGCCCCAGAGUUCCUUCAAGGCGACGAUGGAAAGGCCUGGAGACAGCUGCAGGCCCGUCUGGACGAACUGUGGGAAGAUAUCAAUUAUAGCCUUCAAGACCAUGGUCAGGGUCAUCUGAGGGAGCCCUGA